UGAGUUGUAUUGUAGCAGUACACUUCGUGACCAGUAAUUAUUGUACUCGGCGCUUAGUAAACGCGUGCAACUUUAACUGUGUGGUUCGGCAACACGUGGCGGCGGGAGUUAUGGAUACGACGACGAUAGAUGUCAAACAAAGUCCCAUCAAAUUGCGACUAGUUCCGGCCAAGGGUGGCGACAGCAGUAACGGCAAUGUCGUGGCAAAUUUGGUGGUGGUCAACGACUCGGAAGACGAUAACGGUGUUGAGGGUGCCACAGACAUUGAUUUACCCUAUAUCGAUGAGGCAGUAGUUUCGGCGGUCAGUGUCAAACAAUUACAAAGUCAGCGGGCGGCGGGAAAGGAAGAGAAGCCGCGAGUACGUUACUAUGCCGUCGGUCCGUCAUCGUUCAAAAUCAAAUGUCCGCUGUGCAAUCAGAAUGCCAAUGCCUGUGUCAUGCGUGGCGCCACCUGUAAAGAUGCCACUUGUUGUCUAUCGUUGUUGUCAUGUAUAUUUCCGAUAUUUUGGCUGUGCUGUCUCUGUACCUGGUGUGGCUGCAAUGGCGAGUGGAACACAAAGGGCCUCUACUGCAGCCAGUGUGGCGGUAAAUUGGGAAAAAUAAGAAAGGCGAUAUGAGGUGGCUGUUAACGAAUUUUAAGAAAGCCUUUUUUUUUUCUUCUUUUUGUAAUAACGAAUAAUAAACGAAAUAAACUAAAAUAGGUAAAACGAA